AUGAACAUGAUCGAAAAUCAAGUUACGGACCUCAACUACCUUGCCGAAUCCCCCAUUGCGCUGUCGGGCAAUAUGAACGGCCAGCGACAGACCUCGAGUGCGGAGAGUCCCGCAGAAAACGGGGCUGGGAGCGGAAAGAAAAGAACGUCGGACGACAUGAACGGCAAUAACAGUGGAGGAACUGGGGCGACACAUACAAGGGCGAAGAGGAACAGAUACAUAUCUAUCGCAUGUAACGAGUGCAAAAGACGCAAGAUCAAAUGCAAUGGAAACACCCCCUGCCAACGAUGCGGAAACUUGAAUCUCGACUGCCAGUAUGCCCCGAAUUGCUGCACGAAUGGCUUCAAAGAGUCAGAGGAAUUCCGGCAGAUGAAUUCGCAUAUUGCUUCACUUCAAGAGCAGGUGGAUGAUUUAUACGCGAAUCUAUCUUCUCUACGGUCCAGUGGAGAAGCAUUGGCCUUUCCCCCUCAAUCUGAGAGAUCGAUGUCAAUGUCACAAACGGCACCUCGUUCUCCGCUGUCCAAAUAUCGUUCGACACCGAGACAUCCCUCUUAUCGUGGCCCUACAAGCUCUGCAUUCAGUAUGGAUGUUGCAAAGACCACUCUUCAUAACAUGGGAUAUCAAGGGCUUGGAGAUGAGGUGAUGAUGACUCAGGAUGCUACUCCUCUUCCAUCUCCCCCUGCAAUCCAAGCACCCUCCCUAGCCAGUAUCAAUGGAAUCCCGCAUAAUGACCCAACUAGGGACCCCCUAUUGUCGAUACACAAGAAAGAGAUGAUUCGACUUUGUCGGGUCUAUGAAGAGGAGAUGGGUAUCAUGUACCCUGUGGUUAACAUUGAACAAGUAAUUAUACACGGGACUAAUGUCUACAAUUUCCUCAACGCGGCCUUCAGAACAGGCCUUGCUUCUACUACUGAGCCAGGUAGAGGCAUACACGACGAGCAGUCCCUUGUCUUGAAAAUGGUCUUAGCCUCUGCAGCAGUUGUAGAGGGCGACGGACAGAGUGAACUCGGGAAUCAGCUGUUUGAGAGCGUGAAAGAGAUUGCAGAUCGUUAUCUUCACAGAGAAGCAGUCGAGAUCAAGAAUCUCCCGUUCUUGACCCUUGUUGCUAUUUAUCACUUCCACUGCGACGAGGAAGCUUUGGCAUGGCGUAUCAUUGGACAAGUUGCUCGAAUGAGUAUCGAAUUGGGCUUACAUCGACGAGACUCACUACUUAGGGUUAUUACUGAUGAAGAAGAUCGGUCAAAUGCCAUUAAGCUGUUCUGGUCGAUCUAUGUUCUGGAUAGAAGGUGGAGCUUCGGAACUGGUAUGCCGUUUGCUUUGCAAGAUGCGGACAUUGAUCCGAACCUGCCAGAACCUGAUAUUCCAAUUCCAUAUCUUAAAGUGAUGAUCGCCUACUCUCGGAUUGGCUCCAAAGUAUGGCGUUCAGUCUGCUCUUUCGCCCCUACGCCAAGCCCACCUGUAAACGUCGAAGAGAUAGGCUACCUCGACUACCAAAUCCUCCAAUGGCAAAAAAGCAUCCCACCAGAACUCCAACUUCCCACAACAUCAGUCCCCCAAACCUCAUCCCGCGCCAUCCACCGCCUCCAGAUCAUCCUCUACCUCCGCGCCAAUCAAAUGCGUAUCCUGAUCUACCGCCCCGUCUUGCACACAGCCAGUUCCAUCCAAGAAAACCUCGCCUACGCCCACACAGUGGUUGAGCUCGCCAAAGACACUAUUCGCGCCCUCACGCAUUUGAACCAAACUACAGAUAUCUAUCGCUGCCAACAAGUUUGCUUCAACUAUUUCCUUACCUCGGCCAUCGGAGUCAUCUUCCUCGCAAGCUGCCACGCCCCAGUGCAUUUUAGCUCCAUCUGCCGCGAUGAAUUCUACAUGGCUUUAGACCUAGUCAAGGGCUUCAGCAAUAAAUCAUUUGUUUCUAAACGCCUCUGGAAAACCAUCAAGGGCCUCAAGGAAGUCGGCCCUAAGCUAGGUCUAUCACCUGACGUUAAUGGUUCCGAGGAUCCACAUUCUUCUGCUGCGUUAGCUAUGGCUGAUCUUGCUGGUCAUGAGAUUUCGGGACUGGGAAAUGGCUAUGAGGGUGGUAUGAAUGGGAUGAAUGGGGCUAGUAAUGGCCCGAACGGGUUCCAGAUGAGUCUUGAUAUGACGAGUCUUUUUGAGGCGGCGUUGGGGAGCGUGAGGAUGAAUGGGAAUGGGCAGAAUACAGGAACACCGUAUAAUGGGAAUGUGCCGCUGGAUGGAGAUGCGUUGUCGGGGAUUGGGAGUAACGUAUUUGGGGGCGAUGAGGAGUUGUAUAGGCAGAUGAAGGAGUUAUUUUAG